ACGUUUCAAGAACCACUCCUCCGUCACCCCCCUCACAAGCCUUGCUUGUAGUCGUAGCUACUAGCCUCAACAACUAACACCACACGACCCACUCCAUUACUACUUAGUUUUUCCCUUCCUUCGCAGACCAUCACCUCCAUCCAGCUCCAGGCUCGCUCGCUCUUCUCCCAUGGCCGCAGGAGCUGCCUCCACGGGCAACUGGUCGCGUGCGACCGGCGCAAUGCGUGCGGCCAUGGUAUUGUGGGUUUGUUUGGCUUACAUGCGCGGUGUGUGCGAGGACUGGUCGCCAUUGCGGCUGCUGGUGCUCUUGGUGGCGGCGACGCUGGUGGCGAGGUGGUUCCUAAACGCCGUGCGGCCGCCUCCCUCGACGCCGUGCGGCACGCCCGGGGGCCCGCCGGUGACGGCGCCCAGGGUGCGGCUGCGCGACGGGCGGUACCUGGCGUACGCCCAGUCCGGCGUGAGCAGGGACAGGGCGCGCUUCAAGGUGGUGUACUCGCACGGCUUCUCCGGCAGCCGCAUGGACUCGCCCCGCGCUUCCCAGGAGCUGCUGGAGGAGCUGGGCGUGUACAUGGUGGCGUUCGACCGGGCCGGGUACGGCGAGAGCGACCCGGACCCGCGGCGGUCGCCGGAGAGCGCGGCGCUGGACAUCCAGGACCUGGCCGACGCGCUGGGUCUGGGUGACAAGUUCCACCUCGUCUGCUCCUCCCUCGGUUCCCACGCCGGCUGGGCCGCCGUCAGGUACAUCCCGCACAGGCUGGCGGGGCUGGCAAUGAUGGCGCCGGUCAUCAACUACCGCUGGCGCGGGCUGCCGCGGGGGCUGGCCCGGCAGCUCUACGGGAGGCAGCCGGUCGGCGACCAGUGGUCGCUCCGGGUCGCCUACUACGCGCCGUGGCUGCUGCACUGGUGGAUGAGCCAGCCGUGGCUGCCCACCUCCACCGUCGUCGACGGCUCCGCGCCCUUCCCCAACGCGCUGGACGAGAAGAACCGCGUCAUGGCGCUCUCCAACGGCAUGUUCCACUCGAGGGCGAGGCUGGCGACGCAGCAGGGCGUACAGGAGUCCUUCUACCGCGACAUGACGGUCAUGUUCGGGAGGUGGACGGACUUCGAGCCGACGGACCUCGAGAAGCCGCCGUUUCCGGUGCACCUGUUCCAGGGUGACGAGGACGGCGUCGUGCCCGUGCAGCUGCAGCGGCACAUAUGCAAUAAGCUCGGCUGGGUCAGCUACCACGAGCUCCCCGGAGCUGGGCACUUCUUGUCAGCGGUGCCAGGACUCGGCGACAGGAUCCUCAGCACGCUCCUGUCCUCGCCGGCGUCGGCGUGACUGAUCCACGACUCGCACCUAGCAAGUACUAGACUACUAGUACAUGACUGAUGUUGCUGUAGCUAUGUCUCCAAAGCAUUGCUGGUCGCUGAAGAAAAGCACUUUAUAUGAGCUUAGACUAUCUCUAGCAGAUUUAUUAUCACAUCUCAUAUCUCACUCUCUAUUUCAAACUC